AGUACAUCAUGUGUGACUGAUAUUGCUCGUGUCUUAUAUUUCAGUGAUAUUUAAUUAAGGAAUUAUGACUUACAUAUUAAUUUAGUCUUUCAAAGAAGUAUUUUGUACUAAAAUCAAGUAACAUCUCGGACUAGAGUGAUGCAAUUCAAUGUACAACAUUGUUUAGAACGGCUGGACAUGAACCUAAUUCCACAUCCAAAAUGGCAUCCUUCUGGAAACUGUCACGGGCUCUCAUUCAAAUAAACCCCUUUAAGCAUAAUACACAUAUAAUCAGUAUUUCUACACGACCAUGUAGCCACCAGCUUCUAGUAGAUGUCAAAUCAAAGAUCGAAAGAAAAAGGCAACUUGCAGAAGAAGGUGGAGGACAACACCGAAUUGAUGCCCAGCAUAAGAAGGGAAAGUUAACAGCAAGGGAACGUGUGAGGUUGCUGAUGGAUCCAGGCAGCUUUGUUGAGUUUGAUACAUUUGUGGAGCAUCGUUGCACAGACUUCGGCAUGGAUGAACCAAAAAACACAUUUCCAGGUGAUGGAGUAGUUACAGGUCAUGGGUACAUAAAUGGAAGAAUUGCUUAUGUUUUCAGCCAGGAUUUUACAGUUCAUGGUGGGAGCCUAUCCAGUGCUAAUGCUCAGAAAAUUUGCAAGAUCAUGGAUCAGGCAAUGUUAGUAGGAGCACCAGUUAUUGGUUUAAACGACUCUGGGGGAGCUAGAAUACAAGAAGGUGUGGAAUCCUUAGCUGGCUAUGCAGAUAUUUUUCAGCGAAAUGUCAUGAGCUCUGGUGUUAUACCACAAAUUUCACUUAUCAUGGGACCUUGUGCAGUGUGUAAAAACAUUGGCUCCUUUGAUAAUGAUAUAGAAGCUCUGCAGAAGCUCCGAGACUUUUUUAACUAUUUGCCAUUAAGUAACAAAGAUCAAUCUCCCAUAUUGCAAUGUGAUGAUUCUCCUGAUCGCUUAAUACCAGUAUUAAAUACAUUAGUACCAUUAGAGUCCAAUAAACCAUAUGAUAUAAUGGAAGUCGUCCUUGCUACUGUUGAUGAUCGCAAGUUUUUCCAGAUCAUGCCAGAUUAUGCCAAAAAUAUUGUCGUUGGAUUUGCAAGGAUGAACGGCAGAACAGUCGGCAUUGUGGGUAACCAACCUAAAGUAGCUUCAGGUUGUCUUGACAUUAGUGCUUCCAUCAAGGGUGCUAGAUUUGUUCGUUUCUGUGAUUCAUUCAACAUCCCUCUGAUCACUUUCGUAGAUGUUCCAGGAUUUCUACCAGGUACAAGCCAAGAGCACGGAGGGAUCAUACGUCAUGGUGCUAAGUUGCUGUAUGCUUAUGCCGAGGCCACUGUACCAAAGCUAACAGUGAUCACUAGGAAGGCCUAUGGUGGGGCUUAUGAUGUGAUGAGUUCAAAGCAUCUAAGAGGAGAUAUUAAUUAUGCAUGGCCUACAGCUGAGGUAGCAGUCAUGGGAGCACAGGGUGCUGUUAAAAUUAUAUUCAGGGGCGACAACAAUGUCGCAGAAGCUGAGAAGGAGUAUGUAGAGAAGUUUGCAAACCCUUUCCCUGCCGCAGCUAAAGGUUUUGUUGAUGAUAUUAUUGAACCUAGUACAACCAGGAAGCGACUAUGCCGCGAUUUAGAUUUACUGUCAACCAAAAAGCUUGAAAAUCCGUGGAAAAAACAUGGGAAUAUUCCUCUUUAAAUAAAUGUUGAGUCAAUUAGCUUAUUGCUUAGCUGGUAAGCUU